AUGUUGGACAUGCGUGAGGCCGAUAGGAUCACCACUCAGUCGAACACCGAAAGUAAAUUUUCCACCUCGAGCCAGGGCUCUGGAGUAUUCUGGAAGCCAAUGGUAUAUCUCACGUCCAGUAGCGAAGCUGGCAGUAGUACCGGCUCGCAGCACAAUAUGCUGCAUCCGCGAAGGGGCCAGCGGCUGGCGGCGGAGAGAUCUCAAGGCAGCGAGGCCGACAGCUUCGACAUCGACGAGCGGAGAUUUUUUAAGCCUUCGAGGCAGUGCUUCUGGGAGCAGCCAGGGAGAUACGCAAGCGGGAUCAAAAGCACCAAUGGCAGGAGAACCCUCCAGGUGGACGGGGACGGGGCGGCGCUGUUGCGGCCGCCACUGGCGGCCAGUGGUUGCUGCGUUCCAUGA